GUAUCAAAGAUUUCCCUCUCAUUCACAUAUAAUAACUUGUGUAUAAGCUACAACCAUCAUAUCGGACAAUUUAGAUCAAAGGUAUUGUAUAUAAUUCAUAUUGCAGGAGGAUGAUGUCGUCGACCACCAUUGAUGUCCCUGCAGAGUCAAGCAACGUUGCUAAAGGAAAAGCAGUUCUAGUUGCAGCGCCAAGGCCAGGAGGAUGGAAGAAAGGGAUAGCUAUAGUGGACUUUGUUCUAAGGUUAGGUGCAGUAGCUGCUGCUCUGGGUGCUGCUACCACAAUGGCAACAGCCGACCAGACUCUCCCUUUCUUCACUCAGUUCUUUCAGUUUGAAGCUAGUUAUGAUAGCUUUACUACCUUCCAGUUUUUCGUGAUUACAAUGGCAUUGGUGGGUGGCUACCUGGUCCUAUCCCUGCCUUUGUCUAUAGUAUCCAUCAUUCGCCCUCAUGCACUUGGACCAAAGCUUUUCCUCAUCAUCCUAGACACUGUGUUUCUGACUUUGGCAACUGCUAGUGCUGCUUCUGCUGCUGCGGUGGUUUACGUGGCUCACAACGGCAAUCAAGACUCCAACUGGCUUGCCAUCUGCAAUCAGUUUGCUGAUUUCUGUGCACAAACCAGUGGCGCUGUGGUGUCAUCACUCGUUGCGGUGGUUGUCUUUGUGUUGUUGAUUGUCAUGUCUGCUUUGGCUCUUGGAAAACAUUAAUUAGGAUCCUUUAAUUGAUUCAAUCAUGCAGGGGCUUAAGUUACCUGUACAAUGUUGUUAUGUUUUGCUUUGUAUCUUUCCGAAAGUCUUCCUCAAGUUGUGACUUGUGAGGUUAAUUUCCUUUCAAGUGUCAAUUGAUGACUUGUAUUAAUUGAUUUUCGCAAAUGUUUCUAAAAACAUAUAUUAUACUUACGAUGUUUAUUA